AUGCUAACCUUUUCUGGGAAUAGCAGUUCCCUCUCUUUUACAUUUGAAGACUGGAACAGAAAUCCUUCCCUCCCUCUCUCUCGAAAUCCUCCCUCCCCUCUCUCGAAAUCCCUCCCUCCUCUCUCUCUCGAAAUCCCCUCCCUCCCUCUCUCUCUCGAAAUCCCCUCCCUCCCUCUCUCUCUCGAAAUCCCCUCCUCCCCUCUCUCUCCCUCCCUCUCUCUCGAAAUCCCCUCCCUCCCUCUCUCUCUCAAAUCCCUCCCUCCCUCUCUCUCUAAAAUCCUCCUCCCCUCUCUCUCAAUCCCCCUCCUCCCUCUCUCUCUCUCCCUCCUCCUCCCUCCCUCUCUCUCUUUUCUCUCGUAUCCCACUUCUAUCUCUCUCUCUCGUAUCCCACUUCUAUCUCUCUCUCUCUUUCUUUUCCAGUUCUUUCACUUCUUUCUCUUCUCUUUUUUGGCUCUCUUUGUAACUCUCUCUCUCUUUGUAACUCUCUCUCUCUUUGUAACUCUCUCUCUCUUUGUAACUCUCUCUCUCUUUGUAACUCUCUCUUUGCUCUUUGCUAACUCUCUCGCUCUUUGUAACUCUCUCGCUCUUUGUAACUCUCUCUCGCUCUUUGACAUAACCAAAAAAUAUGGGUUAGAACCUAAAUUUUUUGUUGAUGGUGUGAGUGGAUUUGAUGUACAACAAGGAACUCUUGGAGACAGCUGGCUUUUGGCUGCUAUUUCCUGCUUAGCUGGUCCCGGUUGUUCUUCCCUCUUCCACAGGGUUGUUCCACUCAACCAAGGUUUCCAGGAUAAUGAAUACUGUGGUGCUUUCUAUUUCAACUUCUGGUAUUUUGGAGAAUGGGUUGAGGUGAUCGUUGAUGACUAUUUACCCACCAACCAGGGACAAUUGUGUUUUGUACAUUCCAGUAAACACAAUGAAUUCUGGCCAGCUCUUCUUGAAAAGGCAUAUGCAAAGCUAUAUGGUUCUUAUGAGGCGUUGAAGGUGUGUAUUUUUGGUGAUGUUCUCACAGACCUAACUGGUGGCCUUACUGAAAGCUACAUCAUUCGUGGACCAGAUGCCAACACUCCAGCACAAAUCAUCAACAUUUUGUUCAAAGCUCUUGACCGAUAUUCCAUUGUGGCAUGUGGAAUAAAUUCCUUGUCUUCAGAAAGAGGAAAGGUGGAACUACCAAAUGGCCUGGUGACAGGUCACAUCUACAGUGUAACAGAUCUAAGACAGCUUUUGUUGCCGUCUGAACAAGGAAAUAUAUCAGUCACUCUUAUACGCAUCCGUAACCCAUGGGGUAGACGUAUUGAAUGGAAUGGACCCUGGAGUGUCAGAUCUGUUGAGUGGCUCAGCAUUCCUCCUGAUGAAAGGGAGAAAUUGGGUUUGGUAUUUCAUGAUGAUGGAGAAUUUUGGAUGAAUUUCAAAGCUUUUCAGGAUCACUUUGACACUCUUGACAUUUGUAAUCUGACUCCUGAUUCUCCAAUAAACAUGCCACGGAAAUGGUUUACUGCUCAAUUUCACAACCGUUGGUACAAAGGCUUUUCAGCAGGAGGUCGUCCAUCACACAAAACAACCCACUGGUCCAACCCACAAUACCGCAUGAUCCUUAGUGAUGUUGAUGAAGAUGACGACGAUGUGUGCAGUGUCAUUAUUCAACUUAUACAAAAGGACCGAAGAAAAAUAAAGUUAAAAAAUCCCAGCUUGCAGUAUAUUGGAUUUGUUAUAUAUAAGAAUGAUUUGCAUCAUCCUUUACCCUUGCAACUAGAUUUUUUCAAGAAAUAUUCGAAUGUUGCAAGUGUUGAUGCCUUUCUAAAUGGACGUCAGGUGAUUAAGAGAUUUGCCUUAAAACCAGGAGAAUACAUUGUUGUGCCUUGUACAUAUGAUGCUAACUUGGAAGCCAGUUUCCUCAUAAGAUUUUUCAUGGAAAAAGCCAACCUUGUGGAGUUUGUUGAUAAUAUUCCAGCUGUUGUGAGUCAGCCACCAAAAGAUUUUAUUGAAGAGAGUGACAGUGAACAAUUCAAAAAGUUCUUUUAUAAAGUGUCUGGAGAAGAUAUGGAAAUUGACCCCUUUGAUCUACAAACUCUUUUAACAGAAGAAUUCCGAAAAGAUCCUGUCCACCAGCAAGUUGGUCUAGAUGCUUGUAAAGUAUUUGUGUCACUGAUGGAUACAGAUAAUUCAGGGAAAAUUGCCUUCUCUGAAUUCCUUAUUUUAUGGAGCUACAUUCUGGCUUGGAAGAGAAUUUUUUAUGAGUUUGAUCCUGGUAGGACUGGUUACCUCAGUUCGUAUGAAUUACAACGUGCAAUUAAUGCUGGAGGCUAUAAACUGAGUUUCAAUGUGAUGAGAAUCCUGUGUUUCCAUUAUACCAAUGAAAGACAAACUGUGAGCAUCAACAGUUUCCUGCUUUGCAUGGCGCGACUCAUGAAAUUAUUCAAUACCUUCAGAUCCCACCAACAGAAAGGACAAAUAGUCUUAACUAUAGAAAAGUGGCUAGAAAAGAGCUUAAUGGUGUGA